AUGGGGGGUGUUGGGGGGCUGCGGCUCGGUGCUGGCCCGCGGGCACGUGGAGGUGGCGGGAGAGGCCUGCGUCGGCGGGCCCAGCCCGGGUAUCUGAGGGAGGGGAUUAUAUUUCCGGUUAUAUUUCGGUGCGGGGAUCCUCGAGACUCUGGUCUGAGGGAGUUGGGGAAGGAGCGAGUGCCCCCAUCGUUGACAGAGGCAAAGGCUAAGGCGCUGAAGGCCAAGAAGGCCGUCCUGAAGGGGGUCCACAGUCACAAGAAGAAGAAGAUCCGCACAUCGCCCACCUUCCGCAGGCCCAAGACCCUGCGACUGCGGCGGCAGCCCAAGUACCCCCGGAAGAGCGCCCCACGGAGAAACAAGCUGGACCAUUAUGCCAUUAUCAAGUUCCCUUUGACCACAGAGUCGGCAAUGAAGAAGAUAGAGGAUAACAAUACUCUGGUUUUCAUCGUCGAUGUCAAGGCAAACAAGCACCAGAUCAAACAGGCUGUCAAGAAGCUGUAUGAUAUCGAUGUAGCCAAGGUCAACACAUUGAUUAGGCCUGAUGGGGAGAAGAAGGCUUAUGUCCGACUGGCUCCGGAUUACGAUGCGCUGGAUGUAGCCAACAAGAUUGGAAUCAUCUAA